AAGCGAGAACGCGUGGUUUAUCAUUACCUCCUCAGUCUGUCUGCUGACAGAACAGAGGCAGCAUGAAGCUGAGCGUCUUGCUGCUGCUCGCUCUGAGCGCCAAGGCCUUCAACCAAGAUGAGUCCUGUCUGGACCGAUGUGAAAAUGGCUUUGAGGUUCAGAGGAAGUGCCAGUGCGACUCCAUGUGCAAGUAUUACCAAAGCUGCUGCUCUGACUAUGAGGCCGUCUGUGCCAUGACGACUCGUGGCGACACGUUUGUAAUCGCAGAGGAUGAUGACAAUGACGAUGACUUGUUUGAAACCACCGCUCCAUCCUCCAAAAGUCCCGCAGACGUCGCGUCCACCAUGCCCCCUGUCCCAGACUUCAACCAAAGAUUGGCGCGUCCUUCAGAAACCAAUCUGAAAAUGACGAAACCCCCGCGACUUGAGCUCGCCGCCACGACUGAAGCCACUCAGGCUCCUUCUACCACCACCGCUGCUCCCACCACCACCGCAGCUCCUGACCCGGAUGCUGAGGUCUGCAGCGGGAGGCCCUUUGACUCCUUCAUGCAGCUCAAAAACGGCUCCAUCUACGCCUUCAGAGGGGAGUACUUCUUUGAGCUGGACCAGAAGUCGGUUCUUCCCGGUUAUCCAAAGCUGACAAAGGACGUGUGGGGCAUCAGCGGGCCUAUCGAUGCUGCGUUCACCCGCAUCAACUGUCAGGGGAAGACCUACAUCUUUAAGGGGAACAAGUACUGGAGGUUUGACGACGGCGUGCUGGAUGAUGACUACCCACGGGACAUCAGCGUCGGCUUUGACAAGAUUCCUGAUCACGUGGAUGCAGCUUUUGCCCUUCCUGCUCACAGCCACAAUGGGAAAGAGAGGGUUUACUUUUUCAAAGGGGACCAGUACUACGUGUACGAGUUUUUGCACCAACCUUCCCACGAGGAGUGCGCCGCUAUGUCUGCGAGGUCUCCAUCCACGCUGUUCAGGCGCUACACAGACAUGUACGACAGCAACUAUGAGCGUUUCUUCGGCGAGCUGUUUUCUGACCUGCCUCAGCAUCAUGACAAGCAUCACUUCAUCAACAAAGACUGGAAAGGCCUCAAGUCUCCGGUGGACGCUGCCAUGGCCGGCAGGAUCUACGUCGCUCCUUGGAGGUCGUCGUCCUGGCCUGACCCGCAGCGGGGGACUCAGUGGGGCCAGCAGUACCAGCAGAACCGGAGGCUGAGGGGUCAGAGGCGACAGAACCGGUCUCCCUCCUGGGGGUCCGUGGCCGAGCAGGGGAUGAGCAUGGGCCAGGCGUUUGCUGAGAGGGGCAUGGAAAUGGGUCUGAGACUGGCAGAGAGGAGGAUGGAGAUGGAGGAGAGGCUGGGCCGAGACUGGGACAGGCGUCGGGAUCGGGACUGGGACCAGGACAGACGAUGGAGUCAGGACUGGGACCAGGACAGAAGGUGGGAUCGGGACUGGGAUCGUUACAACCAGAACAACAGAGGCAACUACGACACCAGAAAUGAUCGAUUCCUCCAGAGAGAAAUGCCCAUCCAGAGCGUCUUCUUCUUUAAAGCAGAUAAAUACUACAGAGUGGACCUCAGAACCAAGAGAGUUGAUCCGGCUAUACCUCCAUACCCCAGACCCAUCGCCAAGUACUGGCUCGGCUGUUCAGACACGACUGGAGCAGAGAAGAAGUAGUCUGACACAUUUUGUGCGUGUGUGUGCGAGACACAUUUUGUGUGUGUGUGUGUGUGUGUGUGUUGUGGGAUUUUAUCAUGUGUACUAGAGGAGUCGUUUCCACUGAAACUAUCUGUGAUGGCUGUGAAAAGCUUAAAAUUUGCAGCGUAAGUCGUGAAGACCUGCAAACGGCAGCGACCAGAGAAAGUCCAAACGGUCAAAGUUCAGUCGGCUGGUUUUCCUGUUGUGUGUUCGCGACGUCAGCUGACUUAGUCAAACACGCCUGCACACGCAACAGACUCACCUCGCAGUCAAACUAAACACUAAAUUUAGAUGUAAAACGAGAGAAAAAGCGUACUAAACAUCUUUUAUUUCAUGUGUCCCAUGCUGUAACUUUAACUUCCUUGAAUGAAUAAAAACACAAUAAACUGCA